AUGGCGGCAGUACAAGCUACCGGCAACAAGCAAUGGCCUGCCAGACCUGGGGUUCAGCAUCAAAAUAGCCAAAGCAAUGCAAGUUUAACGCUAAAUAGAUCGAUAAACCUUUAUCCCUUAACGAACUACACAUUCGGCACUAAAGAACCGCUUUUUGAAAAGGACGCGUCAGUACCUGCAAGGUUUCAGAGAAUGAGAGAGGAAUUCGUAAAAAUCGGGAUGAGACGAUCGGUUGAAGGUGUAUUGUUGGUCCACGAACACGGCUUGCCGCAUGUACUACUGUUACAGCUCGGAACUGCCUUCUUCAAGUUACCCGGCGGUGAAUUAAAUCCUGGCGAGGAUGAAAUCGAAGGUUUGAAACGACUGUUAACAGAGACGCUCGGUAGGCAAGACGGCGUCAAACAAGAAUGGCUCAUCGAAGACACCAUUGGUAACUGGUGGCGGCCAAACUUCGAACCCCCCCAAUAUCCGUACAUUCCACCCCACAUAACGAAGCCCAAAGAACACAAACGUUUGUUCCUAGUGCAAUUGCAAGACAGAGCUCUUUUCGCUGUACCCAAAAACUAUAAGUUAGUAGCGGCGCCACUUUUUGAGUUGUACGACAACGCUCAGGGCUACGGACCAAUAAUAUCGUCACUGUCUCAGAGCUUGUGUAGAUUUAAUUUUGUGUAUAUGUGAGAUAGUAGUGCCGAGGGGAGGGAUGGAGAAAUAUGGGUUCGUUUGAAGUAAAUAAACUGUGAGUGAACCAACAAUGCUGUUUACUCCUUAAAACCAUUACCAUAGUAUUUUAAA